UAUCUCAGUUAUAGUCAUUCUCAUUAUCACUUUCACUUUUACUAAAUUCAACACAAUGGAAGCAAUGUUGAAAUUGUCACCGCACCUUGAUAUCAAAUCUAUCUGCUAUCUUUCUCCGAAACCUAUGAUCUCUGUUCAUCAAAAUUUUCUUCCCCUAACGAGAUCUCGAGUGAUUAUGUAUUCUUCCUCUUCUCCUACUCCUCCUGGGUACUUAGAUAACGUCAGAAACUCUUUAAUUAGGCAGGAGGAUACCAUAAUAUUCAGUCUCUUGGAGAGAGUUCAGUAUUCUUAUGAUUCAGUUGCAUGUGACAAUGAUGGGCUCUUUCCGGACGAUUUGGAUGGGUCUAUUGCUGAGUACAUGGCCGUUCAAAAGGAAACGCUCUAUGCUAAGUUGGGAAGAUACAAGAGUGAGGAAGAAAACCCUUUCUUCCCUCGGCACUUACCCAGGUCAAUUCUUCCACAUCAGCAAUACCCCAAGAUUCUGCAUCGCUGUGCUGAUUCCAUCAAUAUAAAUCAUAAGAUUUGGAAUAUCUAUUUUAAGGAAAUCGUCCCAGAAUUGAUAAAAGCAAGAAAUAAUGAUGAGAGUGGAUCUAGCAUCCCAGAAUUGGUAAAAGCUGGAAAUAAUUAUGAGUGUGGAUCUAUUGCUGUUUGUGACAUUCUUUGCUUACAGGCUCUAUCAAAGAGAAUUCACUAUGGCAAAUUUGUUGCGGAGGCAAAGUUUCAAGAUGAUCCUUCUGAAUAUGAAGCUGCAAUUAAAGCAAAAGACAGGAAAUUACUGUUAGAGUUGCUGACAUAUGAAACUGUGGAGGCGACAGUGAAGAAGAGAGUAGAACUGAAGGCCAAAACAUUUGGCCAAGUGGUGAAGAUUGAUGAAGACAAUGUAGCCAACCCUACCUAUAAAAUCAAGCCAAGUUUUAUUCCAAAACUCUUUGAAGACAUAGUUAUGCCUUUCACUAAAGAGGUGCAAGUGGAGUACUUGUUGAGAAGACUUGACUAAACAAUGAGAUGCUGACCCUAUACAGAAUGCAUGGUAUAGGGUUUUGAUUGUCUUUCCUUAUCAUUAAGGGUGUUUUAAGAAACUUAAGUUUCAUAAAAUAAAAGUGUGUACUAUUAUAAUUUUAAAUA